AUGCCACCGGAAGGAAGCCCGAUGACUGGGAUACUGCCAGGUUGCCAAAGCGUAGACAGGGAGGCAGGACUGAAGUCGGCUGUUGCUCGCACGCUAGAUUCCGUCUGUAUUGAUGCAUGUUCUCUGUCAGAAACAUGUAUACAGGAUCUGGAUGUGCCGUGUGGGGUGUUGCGUCGAGCAAUCGAACAGCGGCGUCUGCUUGAUUGGAUACCCGUUGAUAAUCGCGACUGUGCGGAUCGCUUGGUAGUGUCUGAAAAUUUCGACGAUGAUCACUUGCUAGAGUUUCACCAACGUUUGACAAAUUUGAACCGUCUGGAUUUAACGGGAUGUGGUUGGUUUGCUGAUCGUCACCUCCUUCGGUUUCUUGAGGGCACGUCGCUGACUCACUUGGAUCUGAGUCAUUGUUACCGUCUUUUCGGGGGUCCCCCAGUGUGUUCCAAACUGGCAUCCCGGCUCAAACUUCUGUCGGAAAAGCUCUCACAACUCUGUCCCAAUCUGGUUCAUCUUGGUGUUUGUUCUGUGUUCACCCUGACCAUUGAACCGCGUGAUGAGAGUAUCCAAAACCAGUCGCUACUCACCAUGAUUGUGGAGUCGUUUCCCUCUCUACAUUCCUUGAAUUUAUCCGAAAACACAUCUCUCGUGGAAUAUGUUUCCUGGUGGAUCAAUGCGAAUAGCGAUUCUCAGAUUCUUCUACCCUUUUUUCGCACUUUCAUGGGUUCUAAAAUGAGCCGAAAGGGUACCACGAUGGAAUUGCAUCUGAAUCGGUGGCCUCUAGCCUGCACCCACGCCAUGCUCAUUGCCGCAGAUUCCUUGCUCACAGAAUCAACUUCAUCUAAAUUUGUACUGCACUUUGAACACCCGUUCCUACUCCAAGAUCUUACUUCUUCACCCAAGCUUGUUUUGCAGAGUUCUUUACGCACAGCUGAACGUAAACACAGUCUACCAGACAAGGAUCCAGCUUUAUCGACUGCCAAAAAUUCUCGUUUAAUUUAGUCAUUUUUUUCCUAGUGUAUUUUAUUGUGGUAUCAGAAUGUGAUGCUUCUUCACACUUUUACUCCUGUGGAAACAUAUUAAAGCGUAUUUUAGCUAGAUAUUCUAGUGGACUGGGGCGGUCGUUGUUCGUGAGUGAACAGAAGUUCAAGUGUCGUGGUUGUCUGGCCGUUCACAACAAUUAGGCGGGCAUGGGCUGACUUCGGUUAGUCUUGCUGUGUAACCUUAUGCGAAACCUUUAUGGCAAAAUGCUCUUUACAUAUUAAGGGGAUGACAUCGAGGUAAGCAAGCAAAGAGUGCUUCGCACCUCCCAUUCUCUGUAGAAUUUGUUCUUAGCACUAUGUCUGAAUCUGACCUCAUUCGACAAACAUUUGCAUUCAAGUGGUAUUUUAUGCUUUCAAAGUGUGGUCAUUGUCACACCUGCUCUUAGACUCGAUUUCAUCCUGCAUUAUCCACCGUUGUUCAUACUCUGCCAUUUCACUCAUCAUGUUUGCUUGAUCCGUUGCUUCACGGGGUUUGUGUUCAUGAAUCCGUGGAGCUGCUCACCAAGAGUGGAGUAUUCUGCGAAUUUUGUCGUUCAUAGUUCUCAUACGGCACCCAAACAGCUUUGUUUUGAAAAUACAGGUCCC